GGGAAAACCGUUUGCCUAUUUUUCCGCAGCACCCUGAAUCGCCGUUCUUUUUUUUUUUUUUUUACUCCUUAGUUGCGCGCAAUUUUUAUAUAAAUUUACAACACUAAAAAAAUUUUUUUCUUUAUCUUCAUCUCUUUUUUUUCAUAUUUUUAUCAUGACAGACUUUUAUCAACAUGACAACGAUCAAUUUAGUUAUCAUCACUUCUUACCUGACCAAGAACAAAGAAAGCGUCGAUUGUCUUUUUCCACUUUAUUACAUAGACCAAGUCUGAUCGGUCGUAAAAUCAGCAUGUUUCGAAAGAAGCCUGAAUUAACAGUGAUGAUCCCACAUAACCUCCAGCGUUCCAUGACAAAUUCAAGCACAGAAUCUGAAUUAAAAACACCUACAAGUAUGACUGAAGAGACAGUUUUAUCCUCUCGUCAUUAUGAUGGUCAACAAGGAUACUCCAACUUUUAUAUUAAACUGCCCAACGGCAAUUGGAUGGUGCGUGUACGAGAUAGUAACCGAAAGAUUAUUGAUACCUAUGAAAUUGAUGGUGCUAUGAUUUAAUUUCACUUUUAUUUAUUGACUUAUAUACCCUUGAUAUAUAUAUAUAUAUAUCUAACCUUCUGUGUACAUAAUAAUAAUAAUAAAUACAUUCUCUCUUCUUAUUUAUAUAAGGCGUUUUUUUU